CAAAUGUAUUUGUUAAGCUAAUGUCAUAUAAGAAAGGAGACAGUUGUGUAAACAAGUGACUGUUAUUUUUCUGUCCUGCGAUCGCCGAUAAACAGGAAUUAUGUGUCUGAAAUGCUGGCUAACAGCAGGCUAGCGGAGUUAGCUUUAUUGGUUGACAUCAUAGACUGUGGUUGACAUAGGCUAGCUAAAAGUAAAUCGCUAAACAGUUGCAUUGCAGGUGGCACGAUAUGGUCUAAAUCUUUACAAUAACAAUAUUAAGCAUUGCUCUACAAUGUGUUGCUCCCUGUCCUGUUUUCUAAACCAACUUUAGUGAGUUAAUGGACAUUUUUCUGUAAAGUAUUCUUAGGUUUGGAUCUAAACCAAAGAGAGGAUGACGAGUGAGGACGUGGAGCGGCUGUUGAUCCAGUUUCAGGACGAGGACGGGGAGGUUCUGGGUUCCCCUUUUGAUGUGCCUCUGGACAUCACAGCAGACAAGCUGCAGCUCGUCUGCAAUGCACUGCUACAGAAGGAGGAGCCAGUGCCACUGGCGUUUUUUGUGCAUGGAGAGGCUGAGGUGGUGUCCAGUCUGGGGUUGUGUGUGAAGGCUCUUGGGGUUGAGACAGAGCAAGUUCUGCCAGUGGUGUACCAGCCUCAGGCUGUGUUCAGGGUCCGAGCUGUGGCCCGCUGCACCAGCACACUACAGGGACACACAGAGGCCGUCAUCUCGACUGCUUUCAGCCCCACUGGCAAAUAUCUGGCCAGCGGUUCAGGUGAUACAACAGUGCGUUUUUGGGACUUGACAACUGAGACCCCUCACCACACAGCCCGAGGACACACACAUUGGGUACUGAGCAUUGCCUGGUCACCUGAUGGCAAGAAGCUGGCUUCAGGAUGCAAGAACAGUCAGAUCUGUCUGUGGGAUCCAGUGACGGGUAACCAGAUGGGGAAGACUUUGACCGGACACACCAAGUGGAUCACUUGGCUCUCCUGGGAACCUCUCCAUCUGAACCCAGAGUGUCGGUACUUGGCCAGUAGCUCUAAGGAUGGCUCAAUACGUAUUUGGGACACUGUGUUAGGACGCUGUGAGAAGAUCCUGACUGGUCACACUCAAUCAGUCACCUGUGUGAAGUGGGGAGGAGAUGGACUCCUCUACUCUUCUUCCCAGGACAGAACGGUCAAAGUCUGGAGAGCCAAAGAUGGUGUCCAGUGCAGGACUCUGCAGGGUCAUGCCCACUGGGUGAACACCCUGGCUCUCAGCACAGACUACAUCCUGCGCACUGGAGCUUUUGAACCUGCAACUGCCACUGUCAACCCCCAGGACCUCACUGGAUCACUGGAAGAGCUGAAGGAAAAAGCUUUGCAGAGAUAUAAUAAAGUUAGGGGUCCAGCUCCAGAGCGCUUGGUAUCCGGCUCAGAUGAUUUCACCUUGUUCCUAUGGAACCCUGCAGAAGAUAAGAAGCCACUGGCCAGGAUGACGGGCCACAGCGCUCUGGUCAAUGAAGUGCUCUUCUCCCCAGACACCCGGCUCCUUGCCUCCGCCUCAUUUGAUAAGUCCAUAAAAAUCUGGGAUGGACGCACUGGGAAGUAUUUAACGUCCCUGCGUGGCCACGUGGCAUCUGUGUAUCAAGUGGCGUGGUCGGCAGACAGCAGGCUGCUGGUCAGUGGCAGCAGCGACAGCACGCUUAAAGUUUGGGACAUCAAGACUGGAAAGCUUAACAUGGACCUACCUGGCCACGCUGAUGAGGUUUAUGCAGUGGACUGGAGUCCUGAUGGCCAAAGAGUGGCCAGUGGCGGUAAAGACAAAUGUCUCCGAAUAUGGAGAAGAUAGCCACACCUCUGUUCCCUUCCUAAUUUGGCAGAAGAUUUCACAUUUACUGCUUACAAGAAGCCUGCCAGCUGGAGCAAGGGUGGCUAGACUGUAGCUAACCCCCCAUUCAGCUUUAUUACACUGUCAAUGGCAUUAUGUCAUGGAAAUCUAGGUCCAGUCAUCAUACAAACCUAAACCUCUCUAGGUUUGAAACCGAUGUGGGAUUCUUAACUAUAAAGGUUUAUAAUCGUAGAAUGUACAGUGUAAAAUGUAUGUUAGUGGCGGCAUCUCAAAUUUGAACCUAAUGCUUCAAUUUCUCAACACAGAAUAUAUUCUAAAAUGAGAUGAAAAGUCUAUAAGAAUUUAACCAGCACAUAAGGUGGUUAACUUGUUUCUCAGCAGCUUGUCCCCUACUUCACCUUAAGCCUCGCUAGACGGACUAUAUUGCAUGUGACAGGUGGACUGGCGGGGCAACAGGUGGGAACGCUAAUACCUUCCUCUGUGAUGUUAAUAGCAACGGCGCUCACCCUGCUCCUUCAACCUUUAAUCAUCUCUGUCCUGCAAUCAACAAAGCCUCGGCCCGCUGAUUUUUCCCACUGAGGAAAAAGCAGGCUCACCAUUCCAGCUGAAAUAACCAGUUUUAUUUUCUGUAUGAGUCUGGCUGUGAAUAUUUAAUAACAAUAAAUAUUUACAUCCCAACUUUUACCUUGUAGCUUACGUUACCUGAUGAAGCAGCUUUAAGUCAAGUGUUUAUGUAGUUGAAGAUCAGUUGACAACGUGGCUUAUUAAUAUUGAUUUGAAGGCGUAACCCAACGCUUGAGCUAGGGUUAGGGUGUGACUAUGCAUCUAUCCCACUUCCAGCAACUCUUACUCCUUGUCCCUGUACAGGUAAUGUUUCACAGGUUUUCAUUUGUCAUACAUCAUUGAGAACUUCAUGUUAAAUGCUGCCAGUAACAGGUCUCUAUUUGCAUCCAGAACAGAUACAUACAGGUAUGAUAAGAUUUAGAGUUUUGUAUGGCAACUCUAAACUGUUCACUGAUGUCACUUUAAACAGCAAUCUUUGUAUGUCACUGGACAUUUGCUGCAGCUAAAAUUUACUCAGAUGCAAUUACUGUCAAGGUGAGGGACAAGAUAAACGUUCUCUUGCUGUCCCCCUUACAGGUGUCAUUUCAGUGAGCCAUUAAAGCUGUAUAUAAAAAUAUUAACUGUUUUUGCUUUACCAAGAAAACGGGGAAGAAAUAAAGGCAGUCACUUGUUA